UUUGAAAAUUUUAAGAAAAUUACAAAUUUCGAAAGUUCACUUCAUCAACCUACUACUUAUAACGUUGAAAACAAACGUAAACGCACUUCAUAUCUACAUUCGGGAGAAUGAGUCCUAUUUAGCAAUAGUGACUGAUGAUGCUGGUGAAAUUCUGUCUCCCAGAAUUAUUAGAAGCAGAAGAAAUUUGAUUUCAAAAUGUUGAGUUCUUCAUGCCAGAGAUGUGUACAGCUGGCCUUACGCAAACAGGUCAAACAUGCUUCCACCUUCAAUGUCAUACUGCCAUACACGACAUCCAGAACACUGCCAAAAUAUGGCUCGCUCAAACCAAUGUCCUCUAAAAACAUUGCAUUGCUAUAUCAAUUGCGCAGAUAUCAUGUAUUUAACACUAGAAUUCCUAGAUCUUUGACAAGGCCAAAUCUAAAAUAUCAUCAACAGUAUAGAAAUAUAGGAGUUUUCAGACCAAUGGCACGACUAUUGAAGUUGCGUUAUAUCUUAUUCACAUCAGCUGUUGGAGGAGGGGUUGCCAUAAAUAAUACUUAUGAAUCAUGGAAAGACAAACUUCCAGACUUGACAUGGAUGAAGGAUAUAUUCCCAGAUCAAAGCAAAGUUGAUAAAUGGAAUGAAACCUUCAAGAAAUUCACAUCAAAGAUGUCACUACCAGAAAAGGGCUGGCUCAGAAAUAAUGUUCCCGCAGUAAAGUCCAUAAAAGACUGGUUUGAUGAUGUGACUGGAGGGGACUCAAAGUCCCUCUUCACUGAAGGUGUACCAUUGAUUGCGAGCAGCUCUGGCCAUGUAAUAGAUGGCAGCAUUAAUGAAGUUGUGAGGGAUGUAGCUGAUCCCCAUGGCAACAACAGAGACGGUGGAUCAUGGGUGCCCCCAGAUACUCGUGCGCCAAGAAAUGACAAGGAAAAGAUUGACCAGCUGCAAGAUGAAAUACUUCAUACACAAAUUCGUUACCAGAAGGAGAUAGAACGCUUAGAAAAAGAAAAUAAGGAUCUACGAAAAACAAUCUUGCUGAAAGAUUCAAGGAAAGGUGGAAAAGUCAGACAAAUGAAGAAGUCGCUUAUUGACAUGUACUCUGAUGCACUUGAUGAACUGAGUGACUAUGACUCCAGUUAUAACACACAGGAUCAAUUACCAAGAGUUGUAGUUGUCGGAGAUCAAAGUUCUGGAAAGACCAGUGUGCUAGAGAUGAUAGCCCAAGCUAGGAUAUUUCCUAGAGGUUCGGGUGAGAUGAUGACACGGUCCCCAGUAAAAGUUACACUUAGUGAGGGACCGUAUCAUAUAGCAAAGUUCAAGGACAGUACUCGUGAAUUUGACCUCACUAAGGAAUCAGACCUAUCAGCUUUGAGGAAAGAAGUGGAAAUUCGCAUGAAAGCAAGCUGCACUGAUGGACAGACCAUUAGUAGUGAGACAAUUUCCAUGAGUGUGCAAGGGCCAGGAUUACAAAGAAUUGUCCUCGUUGAUUUACCUGGCAUCAUCAGUACAGUUACCAAGGAUAUGACUGGUGAUACAAAAGAUAAAAUCCGAGGACUUUGCAGCACAUAUAUGGAAAACCCAAAUGCCAUCAUUUUAUGCAUUCAGGAUGGAUCAAUAGAUGCAGAGAGAAGCAAUGUUACAGACUUGGUUAGCUCAAUGGACCCCAGUGGAAAGCGUACCAUCUUUGUGCUCACUAAAGUCGACAUGGCAGAGAGCAGUCUCUAUAACCCAGAGAGGAUCAAAAAGAUUCUUGAUGGCCGACUGUUUCCAAUGAAAGCUAUGGGAUACUUUGCAGUUGUCACAGGCAAAGGCAAUACCAAUGACAGCAUCCAAACUAUCAAAGAUUAUGAGGAAGGAUUUUUCAGGAACUCUAAACUAUUUCGUGAUGGUGUUAUGAAACCACAUCAGAUGACGACCCAUAAUCUUAGCAAGGCAGUCUCAGAGUGUUUCUGGAAGAUGGUGAAAGACUCCAUAGAACAACAAGGGGAUGCAUUUAAAGCAACAAGGUUCAAUCUGGAAACUGAGUGGAAAAAUACAUUCCCUAAACUCAGGCAGCUUGAUAGAGAGGAAUUAUUUGAAAAAGCAAGAGGUGAAAUCUUGGAUGAAGUGAUCAAUCUAAGUCAGGUCUCUCCUAAGCAAUGGGAGGAAGCAUUCUCUAGGAAACUAUGGGACAGAAUGUCAGAACACGUGUUUGAGUCCAUAUACCUGCCUGCUGCCCAGAGUGAAAAUAUAGGGACAUUCAACACAACAGUUGACAUCAAGCUGAAACAAUGGGCAGACAAGGUGCUACCCAAGAAGUGUGUUACAGUCGGUUGGGAAACAUUACAGGAAGAAUUCAAUAGAUUUGUAGUCGAGAACCAGAAAAAGCGAGAGCAUGAUACAAUAUUUGAUGAGCUCCAAGUUGCUGUGAUAAAAGACGCAUUAGCAAAGCAUAGGUGGGAUCAAAAGGCAGAGGACAGUUUGCGUGUGAUCCAGUUGAAUGCUCUUGAAGACAGAUCCGUACAUGAUAAAGUGCAAUGGGACUCUGCUGUCACCUUCAUGGAAGACUCCCUCAAAAGGAAACUCUCUGAGACUGAUAAAAAGGUUGAGGAGAUGGUAGGGCCAAGUACAACUGCCCAAUGGGUGCAAUGGAAAUCGAAAAGUCAGGAACAGAAAUCAAGAACUGCCACAAAGAAUGAGCUUGAUAAACUAUUGGGCACUGGAAAUCAACGAUCACCUGCACUUAGCAAUGAUGAGAUUACAACAGUCAGGAAAAACCUAGAAAAUAAUGCAGUAGAUGUCACCAAUGACUUUAUCAGGGAGACUUGGCACCCCAUAUAUAGGCAAAACUUUCUCAAGAAAUCGCUAGAAAGGACCAGGGAGUGUAAGAAAGGAUUCUACUACUACCAAAGAGGAUUUGGAGAUCAGGGGAUGGAAUGCCAUGAUGUUGUAUUAUUCUGGAGGAUAGAGCGUAUGUUACAAACCACCAGCAAUGCUCUCAGACAACAAGUCAUGAACAAUGAAGCCAGAAGACUGGAAAAGAAUGUAAAAGAAGUCUUAGAGCAGUAUGGGGAAGAUGAUGCCAAAGUAAAGAGGUUGUUAAAAUGUAGGAGAGUGGAGCUGGCUGAUGAACUCAAGAGGGUGCGGCAGAUCCAAGAAAAACUAGAGGAAUUUAUAGAUGCACUUAACAAGGAGAAGUAAAAUCAAUUGAGAAGACCUCAUGAGCUGCAAGGCAAUUUCUGCAAAUAUACCAUUUUACAAAUAACAAUUUCAGUCUGAUUUGUGAGACUCUAAAUUAAAGAAACGGUUAAGUGAAAUGUUUAGGAAUCAUUUACAAGAGGCUUUAUCUGGAGGACAAAGGCAAGACUUUUGUUUCUGGUGUCUGUGUUGAGAAAAUUUUAAUUUCCAAAUACAUAAUCAUGUAUUGUACGAGUAUGUGUCGUAAACUUAAUGUACUAUAAGUAACAUGUUUUUCUACUUCAAUCAAACCUGAGCAAUAGAAUUCACAUUGUGGAUGGUCUAACACUUUACAUCAAAUUAUAAAUGGUUUUAUGCUUUUAUUGCAUGGGGAAUAUAGAUUGCACCAUUUAGUGUUAUCCAAUUAAUAUUUUCUUUGACAGGAUAAUAGUUCUAGAUUAUAUUAUCCAAUUCCAAGCUAAAAAUUGGAGUUCUAUUGCCUUUUGUUUGAGAAACUAUGAAUAUGUUUGAAUAACAUUAAAGUGGACAGUUUUGAAAUUAGUGAAUAUUUAUUGAACGAUGACUGGAUGUUCUCAGUAGAAUAAAGAUUAAAUGCUUUAUGCAUAAUUAAUAACUCAAUGAAGUGUUAUUACUUGUAUGCUGUCACGCAAUUAAUGAACCAGGCAUAUAAACUCGCAUCGGUGGGCUGUCGUGAUUAUAUACUGUCUGUAUGUUAGUCUGUCUGUCCAGCCAUCCAUCUAUGAUAGAAAAUCGUAUGGUUCGUGCAUUAUAAAAUUCAAUUCAAUUGAAUAUUUUCAUCUCCCAAAUAGAUAAUACAUGUACAAGGCCAUAAUUUUGUUUAUAAAUGGCAUCUCAAAAGCCCACUUUGUUCAAAAAUGGUGGCAAUUUACAUUGAUAUAUUUAUAACUAAUCAACCAAUAUAUUUUAUACCAAAUACAUUAAUACAAUGUCAAAAGGGUCAAUGGCAUCUUCUCAAAUUGUGCAAAUCGCGAAUAUUAAUAUACAUACGCUGUACUUAAAAAUGACAAAACAGAUGAAACUCUGGCAUCAGUAAAAUAAUCACUAAAAUUACAAAAUUUGUAAAAUCUAAGAACCUUGACCAAUUGUGCAUUAGUUGGGUGUAAUCAAGGGUGUUACAAUACCCGGGAAUU